UAUAUUGAAUCAUUGAAAUCACCAUUUAGACCAUCAUUCUUUUCUCUAAGUACAAUCUGUACAAAGGCAUUACAUUCAAAAGAUGAUGUUCUCAAAAGAAAGAGCAGUCAAAUUUCUGGCUGAUGUUUUGGGCAUAUCUGAUGCAGAACAGCUCCUAAAAGAAGAUCGAUUGAAGUUGCUAUCGACAAUCAUGGAAGCAUACCAGGCAAAGAUCCCCUUCCAAAGUCUCUCUCUAAUGACGGAGCCCCUUAGCAACCGUCGUCGACCAACCAUUGAGGAGAGCGUGGCAGAAGUGGAAGCCGGCAAAGGUGGUCUGUGUUAUUCCGUGAACGUCUUCUUGAAGAUCCUAUUUGACGCAUUGGGUUAUACAACGUACCAUACUAUGGCAACUUGCAUGGAUCUCGACAACAACCACAUCAUGACCAUAGCUAAGGACGUUGUUGCAGCUGGUGACAGAUAUAUUGUAGACUCAGGUACCGGAUUUCAUACUUCUGUGAUUCCAUUGGAUUUCGAGACCGAGUCUCCAGUUCAUGAUGACUGUUUUUUGAAGUACAAAUACGCCUGGGAGGACGGACUACUUAAGAGAUACAAUCUCCGCGGUGAGAGGAAAGGAGAGGGGAAAUGGGAAGUAUUCUGUGUGAGUGAUAUGGUUCCAAAAGAUUUGGCCUGUUUUGAGGCCCCAAUGUGUCAGGUGUACACCGAUCCGAGCAAAAUUCCAUUCCAUACGAGCAUGAGAGCAAUCAAGUUCCCAAACCAGAAGGCAGUUUGUAUUUGCGACAUGAAGCUUCUCGUUGAAGACGACAAGCACACAUUCCAAGAGACGAAGUUUUCGUCGGAAGGAGAAUUUUUGGAUGCAGUGAAGGAGCACUUUCCAUUGCUAGUGGAGGAUGCAAAGAAGGCAUUGACCAACUGGACACCCAAUGGAGAAUCUAGCAUUGAAUAGAAGAGACAAUUGUACAUUUUUAUACAGUCAGUAAUUUUUGUGGUUUAGUAACUAUCUUUGGUAUGCAAACUGAA